UAGACCAAUUGCUGAAUGUCCUUGUUCCCCUCUGUCUGUUCACAGGUAGGAGACCACAAAUUCAGCGCCCACCGGAUCGUACUAGCCGCCUCCAUCCCUUACUUCCAUGCCAUGUUUACGAAUGACAUGAUGGAAUGCAAGCAGGAUGAGAUUGUCAUGCAAGGAAUGGAUCCGAGUGCACUAGAGGCUCUGAUCAACUUUGCCUACAAUGGACACCUAGCAAUUGAUCAGCAGAACGUUCAGUCUUUGCUGAUGGGGGCGAGUUUCCUUCAGCUGCAAAAUAUCAAGGACGCCUGCUGUACCUUUCUCAGAGAGAGGCUGCACCCUAAGAACUGCCUGGGCGUACGUCAGUUUGCAGAAACCAUGAUGUGUACCGUGCUCUACGACACUGCCAAUAGCUUCACCCACCAGCACUUUGUGGAGGUGUCCAUGUCCGAAGAGUUCCUUGCUCUGCCCUUCGAAGACGUGCUGGAGCUGGUCUCCAGGGAUGAGCUUAACGUCAAGUCCGAGGAGCAGGUAUUCGAAGCUGCGUUGGCCUGGGUCCGGUACGAUCGAGAUCAGCGGGAACCCUGCUUACCCGAGCUACUGUCCAAAAUCCGACUGCCCCUUUGUCGACCUCAGUUCCUCACUGACCGCGUGCAACAAGAUGACCUCGUGCGCUGCUGCCAUAAAUGCCGGGACCUGGUGGAUGAGGCAAAAGACUACCACCUAAUGCCAGAACGCCGGCCGCACCUCCCAGCAUUCAAAACCCGUCCCCGGUGCUGCACCUCCAUCGCAGGAUUGAUUUAUGCUGUUGGAGGGCUGAAUUCAGCAGCAAAUUUUUAUGCAGGUGAUUCACUGAAUGUGGUGGAAGUGUUUGACCCCAUUGCCAAUCGCUGGGAGAAGUGCCAGCCAAUGACGACGGCGCGGAGUCGAGUGGGCGUGGCCGUGGUGAAUGGACUCUUGUACGCCAUUGGUGGCUACGACGGCCAGUUAAGACUGAGCACGGUGGAAGUUUACAACCCAGAGACGGAUUCUUGGUCUAAAGCGGGAAGCAUGAACAGCAAGCGAAGCGCGAUGGGAACAGUCGUGCUGGAUGGGCAGAUCUAUGUGUGUGGCGGGUAUGAUGGAAACUCAUCCCUCAACUCUGUGGAGACCUACUCACCAGAAACAGACAAGUGGACAGUAGCGACCCCCAUGAGUUCGAAUCGCAGCGCGGCUGGAGUCACCGUGUUCGAAGGCAGGAUCUACGUGUCUGGAGGGCAUGACGGUUUACAGAUUUUCAGCAGUGUGGAGUACUACAACCAUCACACAGCCACAUGGCAUCCGGUCGCGAGCAUGCUGAACAAGCGUUGUCGGCAUGGAGCCGCCUCCCUGGGCAGCAAGAUGUUCGUCUGCGGCGGGUACGACGGCUCCGGCUUCCUCAGCAUCGCCGAGGUUUACAGCUCCAUGGCGGAUCAGUGGUACCUGAUUGUCCCUAUGAACACCCGGAGGAGCCGUGUCUCCCUGGUAGCCAACUGUGGUCGCCUGUAUGCGGUGGGCGGCUAUGACGGACAGUCCAACCUGAGCUCAGUAGAAAUGUACGACCCAGAAACCAACCGCUGGACGUUUAUGGCCCCUAUGGUGUGUCACGAGGGAGGGGUUGGUGUGGGGUGCGUACCGCUCCUGACCAUCUGAGAAGGAACCGUCAGCGGCUGUCUCUAAGCUACAGACCCUGGAGAGGUUUAGUGAGGGUUUUGUGGUGUGAUCUCUCCAGAGGUACAUUUCUAGGUGCUCAAGUGUCAUUCACAAUCACAGUUCAACAGAAAGUUACCCUGUGAUGAUUUUCGGGCUGAGGCUCCACAGUAGAUGAAUAAUUAACCAUUCAGAUCAUGCCUGUCACCCAUUCCCUUCCUAUCACCCGCACUUCUAGUCAUGAAGUGGACCUAAGGCGAGGGAAACACUUCCUCCUGGCCCGUGUUGCAGGUACUGCAUUGAUCCAGAUGGGGGCUACUUCUGGUUGUGUAGUGUGGUCUGUAGGUUGGUUUGACCCUGCACAAACCAAUGCCGGCCAGAUCGGUGAGGGGGAGUGGGUACGCAGCAUGUUCCGGGCAAAUGGCCCUAAUGCCACGAUUCACUUUAAUAUUAACCACAGUAGCAGGAGUGUUGUGAACAGUCCCAUUCAUUCUGUUGAGUUCCCAGGCAUGUUGGAUUUUACCCAUUGCCACAAAACAGAAUGGUCUUUUUAACCAACAUUGGUUCUUAGAAGCCCGUAUGGGAGGUAAAUCUUGGAGAUGUGUUGUCCCUCAAUUUCUGAGGACCUACCCCUAUGACCAGCAUCUCCCCUUUACUACUUGUGAGUGAAACUUACUUGGUUCUGAUUGAUCAGGAGAAUGGGAGGUAGCCAUUGAGGGGGAGUAACAAAUGUUUCUCCCUCUCAGAUUGUCCAAAAAACUCGAUUAAACAUCCAACUGUUCCAACAGGCUGCCGAGGAAAACAAUUGACUAUAAAUGACACAUGCAGCAAACGCACAUUCAAAUAGGAAAAUUGCCAAAAUGUUAAUUGUACAGAGAUCUUCCUUAAAACUCAAUCUGCUGUAAAGUUUUUCUUCUUUUUUCCCCCCUCCCUUUCACAAAACUUAGGCCCUGGUUUCCAAAAUACAUAUUAGAAGCAACUGAAUUGCAGUGUGGUCAAGCGCUGUCCUUUGGCGCUUUCGAGCAAAGAUGAAAAUGUGCAGUCAGAUGGUUUUGAUUUCACAAAAAUGCUGUGUGGGUUUUGAAAUGUGCACUUGGCCCGCUUGUUCGGAGCUUUUCUGCCAGCUGUUGGCCUAUUUGACAGCUGUCAUUUGCUUCAGAAAAGUGAAAUACAGGCUGAGAGAGAAAUCAUGCACAGCAAUGAUGGACAGUGAGGGUUUGUGCAAGAGACUGAAUUUAAACCCCAGAAAAAUCACACAUGCACAAACACUCAGCAGAGCCAAAGGUUUUAUUUAUUCAGCGUCUCGCUGUUUCGGUUGAGCUCCAUUGUGAAAGAUCUGUACAGCAUGCCUGGUUGAUACUGUGUUAAUCUAGCCAUGCUGCAGUUGUUUUACAGCCAAACAAUGGCAUUGUAUGAGAUUAAGAGAAAGAUGUUGUCAAAGAAGAGAGAAAUGUGAAAGACUAGUAGUGACUAGUCUGGUCUCUUCCUAGGAAUCCGUUCCCAUGUGUUCCCCACGGUUGUGUUUUCCUGUCAUGCAGCCUACACUGGCAGAAGAUCAGGCGUUCUCUACCCCUUCUUCCGGUGCUUUCUCUCUUUAAUAUCCCUGUCUCUCUCCUGUAAUGAUUACAAAUGGAAGGACCCCUGGAUCCUUGUGGUCUUCCUGCAAACGUGGUAACACAUACCAUCUGAGAGAUGCUUUGGAGUCAUCUUUGCCCUGCCGACUUGCCAGGUACCUUAAUGUCUGUUACCCUUUAUAGAGUGGCUGACUGGAGCCCAGUCUAAGUUGGCAUUUCCUCCUACAUUGAUGCCUGUUCUUCAGGCACCAAGAUGUGGCUUUGCAACGAUUUUUUUUUUCCUGCCUCAAGUUUACAAACUUGGCCCCUUUUUUUCUGGAAGUAAAAGAAACAUCCCACGGGGACUUGACUGAGGUCGGUUUGAGUGGCCAGCACGUGGUGUGGUUGUAGGUUCCACCAGGACGAGUGGCGCACUUCUGGAAAGGAUGCUAUCCUUUGGAACUUCCUUUUGUGCUAACCCAAGAAGCAGCCACGUUUUUCAAACUCAGAGCAGGCCUGAGACCCCUUCAGUCGAUCCACGUGGGAAGCCAGAACUCUGUGAGAACUUACAUGAAAGAGGGGUCACAGCAAUGCCCGACACUGACGGCUUAAGUGGCAUAUAAUAUCCAGGCAAGGCGAGGGAAGGAGAGAAGAGACCUCUUGGUACUCGGGGGUAUUACAAAAUGAUGUGAAGUAUAUUUAUUCAGUAUUUUGCUUGCACGAACAUGGCCUGUCACUAACCUAGGGCUCCCUUCUCAGCCCGCUUCCUGCUGUCUGAGCCUUUAGUGAAGCCCUCGGCCGAGGUCACAGGCUGCGGGGAUGCCAGCGCAGGCUGCUGACCGGAAGAGUUGAUUCAAACACUAAUCUCUUCCAUUGUAUCAAAGGGACACGGGGAAAUGCUACAGAUACCUCCGUUGCUUUUUGUGUGCGCUCUUUUGAGUUCCUCUGCAAGCUCUGAGAGACACCGGAGCACCCUCGUUUCCGUCAUUCAGUAGGAGCUGCGCACUCACCACCUCUUCCCACGGGGUACUGAGUCUGAAUGUCUGUGCUUCGUUGUUGUUUCAUAUCAAAAACCUCACUGCUGCUUAGGGUUUUUACUUCAAGUGUGGACAUGUCUGUAUUCAGGUACCAUGUAUAUUGUCGGUGUGUAAUAUGAGCACGUCUGGUCACAAACGUGAGUGGUUUGUCUCGGUAUCGAUAUCUAUUUCCUGUUUGUGUACGUUUAACGACCGGUGGAUCAUGCUUGGAGAUAAACAUUCGCUUGGUGUUUCCAGGCUGCGAAGACUUUUCUUAAACGUUGGCAUCAAGACGAAGGUGGUUUUUGGGCCAUGAACUGAAAGGUGGUAGAAAAAUAAAAUUGUUGUUUGCCA